AUGCGCGGCGUGAUAUCGUCGUAUUUUCUUAAAACUUUUAUCGCUUGCAGUCAGUGUAAGAAAUAUAAUUUAUAUAAUCGUAGUAGUCAUUAUUCUUCAAAGGCUGCAGAUGAUGGCGAUGUGGAGUGGCCACGGCGGGUGGUAACGGGGAUACAGCCCACGGGAGAAUUGCACAUCGGCAACUACUUCGGCGCGAUCCGGCGCUGCGUGCGCCUGCAGGAGCAAGGGGACGACCUCAUGAUUUUCAUAGCAGACCUGCACUCGCUUACUACACGCCAGGAGCCGGCGCGGCUGCAGGAGCGCGUGCUGGAGCUGGCGGCGUGCGUGCUGGCGGCGGGCGCGGACCCGGCGCGCUGCGUGCUGUUCGUGCAGUCGGCCGUGCCGCGCCACGCCGAGCUGUGCUGGCUGCUCACGUGCCUGGCCACGCACGCGCGCCUGGCGCACCUGCCGCAGUACAAGGAGAAGGCGGCCGCCAUGAAGGAGGUGCCGCUGGGCCUGCUGCUGUACCCCGUGCUGCAGGCGGCCGACGUGCUGCUGUACGGCGGCACGCACGUCCCGGUGGGCGCCGACCAGCUGCAGCACCUGCAGGUGGCGGCCGCGCUGGCGCGGACGUUCGCGCACCGCUACGGCCGCGCCUUCCCCGCGCCGCGCGCGCUUCUCGCCGAUGACGGCAGCGAUCGCUUGCGGAGUCUCAGAAACCCGAAUAAGAAGAUGUCCAAGUCCGACACGGAUCCCAAGUCGCGCAUUCUUCUGACCGACCCUGAUGAUAUUAUCGAGCUUAAAAUAAGAAAAGCAGUGACUGACUUCACACCGCAGGUGACUUUCGAGCCGGAGACGAGGCCGGGCGUGUCCAAUCUUGUAUCCAUCCACUGCUUGGCUGAGGACAAGCUGCCCGAGGAGGUGGUACAGGAAGCCGAGGGACUGUCCACCGCGCAAUACAAGCGCGUCGUGGCCGCCGCCCUGCAGCGCGCGCUGGCACCCGUGCGCGCGCGGGCCGCCGAGCUGCGCGCGCGCCCCGCCUACCUGCGCGACGUGCUGCGCCACGGCGCCGCGCGCGCCCGCGUGCGAGCCGACGCCGUGUACGAGCGCGCCGCGGCGCUGGCCGGACUGCGCUAG